AUGGUUCAGGGAUCUUCAUCACACAGUCACGGUAAGGAGCAAUGGGUACAUGAUCAGCAAGGGAAGAAGAAAACUCAACAACAGAGCAAGCAACAAGAGCAAGGGGUUCAACAAGGUUUUAAGGCAGCAAGAGAUUGGGUUUCAGUGGUUAAAGGAUCAAUGUUACAAGAGCAUUCAACAAUAGUUCAUAACAAUGGUGGUGCAAAGGCUCAAGAAUUAUCGAAGAAUACUCCUCAAUGCAGUCCUGAACGGGAACAAGCUAUUGUGAUUCAAUCAUCACAUCAUGUGGGUUCAUGGAAUCAUCUUAGCAAGGAUAUUUCUACCAGAUUUUCUCUGGCUUCAGAUUUUGAUGUUUUCCCUUUUGAAGAAAGGAAAGCAUUUUUCUUUACAUCUUUAGAGCAUAAGAAUAUUUUAUUAAAUCUAUCUGAUUUUCCUUGUCUUUUUCUUUAUGGGUAUUUUGUUUCUUAUGGAUUUCAAAAUAGUUUGUCGGAAUGUGAGAGAGUUUUGGAUUCUCUGGUAGGAAAUUACUCAAUUGCUUUAAGAUGUCAGAUGCUUGAUUCUAAUUUUGAGUGGGUUUUCACUGGUAUUUAUGCACCAAAUGCAAAUAACACUAGUGAUCUAAAGUUGUUUUGGAGAGAGAUUGAAGCAGUUAGACGCUACUGCACAUUACCUUGGGUCAUUGAAGGAGAAUUUAAUGAAAUUAGAUUUUCUCAUGAAAGAUCCUCAAGAGGUGAGAACUCAGCUGGCAUGAGAAGAUUCAACAAUUUCAUUUCUAAGCAUGAAUUAAUUGAUUUGCCUCUUAUUGGAGCUACUUUUCCUUGGGCAAAUAAUCAAAUCCAAAGUAUAAGAAGUAGAUUAGACAGAAUCUUAAUUUCUCUAGAUUGGGAGCUGCAAUUUCCAAGAGUUCUUCAACAAGCUUUAUCAAGACCUUUCUCUGAUCAUAACCCUAUUGCCCUCAUCUGUGAAGGUGGAGCUGGUUUUUCUAUUUGCAAGAAGCUGCAGUUACUGAAACCAAUUUUAAAACUUUGGAGCAAACAAGAAUUUGGUGAGAUGGAUAGAAGAAUUGAAGAGUUGGAAGACAUAUUUGUUCCUUUGGAUGCUGAGGAGAAUGCCAGUAAUGGUUUAACUGAAGAACAAAGGAAUACAAGACUUCAAGCAAGAAAAGAAUAUUGUAGUCUAACAAUUUUAAAAGUAGAAAAAUGGAGAAUCACAGAAGAAAUGAGAGUGAAUCUUGAAGCUGAAGUUACUGAAGAAGAGUAUUUAUCUUAUAUGAAAAGAAUUGGACAAUCAAAGGCACCAGGCCCAAAUGGAUUUCCAGUAAGUUUCUAUGUUCUUUGUUGGUAUAUUCUCAAAAAUGAUAUUAUGGCAGUUUUCAAAGAAUUGCAGGAGAAGAAUUUUUUGGACUGGCGGCUCAAAAAUACUUUUAUUGCUUUGAUUCCAAAGAAGGGUACUAUUGAAGAAAUCAAGGACUUAAGACCAAUUAGUUUGGUGCAUGGCAUCUACAAGAUUAUUUCUAAAGUUUUGGCAGAUAGAUUUAAAGAAGUUCUCUCAGAUAUCAUCUCUUCUCAUCAAACAACCUUCAUCAAAAAAAGGCAAAUAUUGGAUGGUGUUCUAGUAGCAAAUGAAUUAAUUGAUUCUAGAGAAAGAAGUGGAAGGGAAUGCAUUUUGAUCAAAGUGGAUUUUGAAAAAGCUUUUGAUCAUGUAAAUUGGGACUUUCUAAAUGAGAUUCUUGGCCUUAUGAGUUUUGGUGAUAGUUGGAGAAAAUGGGUAAACAAUUUGAGACUUAUUCUUCUAUCUUUUGAGCAGCUUACUAGUUUAAAGAUCAAUUUUGCGAAGAGUAAAAAUUUUGGUGUUGCUUUUGAUGGAGAUCUUAGUCAAUUUUCUUCUAUUCUGGGUUUUUACUCUGGAGUCCUACCCACAACUUAUUUGGGUUUACCUCUGGGUGAUAGAAGUGGGGGAGUGGCUAAAUGGGAUAAGGUGGUUGAUAGUUUUGUUAGAAGAUUACCAGCUUCUGUGGAUAAAAAGCUUGAGAGAAUAAUGAGGAAUUACUUGUGGAGUGACAACAAGGGGAAAAACAAGGUUCACUUAGUUAAAUGGCCAACUCUUAAUAAGAGAAGAAAAUUUGGAGGCUUAAGUAUCAAAAGUCUUCAAAAAAUGAACAAGGCUUUAUUAAAUAAAUGGCAUUGGAGAUUUGCUAAAGAAAAAGAAGUGCUUUGGAGCAAGGUAGUCAAUAUCGGUUGUACAGGACGAUAUUCCAGAAGUCAUGUGAAAUUCAAAGUUAAUUCUGGUAAAAGAAUCAGUUUUUGGAUGGACCAAUGGUUGUUUGAUGUUCCUCUAAGCUUGAAAUUUCCAAAUUUGUAUACAAUUUCUAGAGCUAAAACCAAAUGUAUAUCUGAUGUUUACAUGGAAGAGAGCCAAACUUGGAAUCUCAUGCUACCUAGAAGAUUGAAUAAUGUAAGAAGAAAUGAGCUGGAUGAACUUCAAAGGUGUCUUACAAAAGUUUCUAUCAAUACAGAAGCUGAUGAUGAAAUUGGUUGGAACAUAGAGAAGAAAAAUUUAUCUACUGUGAAGUCUAUUUAUGAUUCUUUUCUUCAAGAUUCUGUGGAUUAA